AUGGGUAUCAUCGGGUUGAUGAUUGCUCAAAACAAUAAGGAUGAUGAUACUGAACCAAUCAAACCUUUAAUAACAAAAGGUAACAAUGUAAAUGUAAAUGUAAAUGGAUCAUAUGAUCAUUUUAUUGAACACUGUAGAGACAAUGGUGAUAAUGAUGAUGAAUCAAAGUUGAUUAAAAUAUUUGAUGAUAAAGAUGGAAUGAAUAGAAUCAAUAGGAUACAAAAUAAUAAUAAUGCUGACUUUCAACAACCUUGUAAAAGAAUGGUUACAUCUAUUAAAAGGUUUAGAAUGGUAUUGGAUAUGUAUACAAAUGAUGGUGUAUUGGAUCGAUUGACAUUGGGUCGAGUGGGACAAGGACAAAGUGCUACGGCAUUGGUGGUUGGUGGAAAUGCUGUCUCUUCAAGUCUACAAUUGCAUUAUGAAAAUAUUGGAGAUACGUAUCUGUCGCAUUGUGCCACUCUUGGUGCCAUUGCAUCGUUGCCAAAGAAUAUACAAUCUCGAAUCCUCCACCACUGCUACACCAAUCAAAAGACGGAUCGUAAAGGGAUGCUCUAUGAAACACACCAACUAUUCUUUCGUGGCACAUCGUAUUACCAAGACCAAGAGGAUCGGCUAAAAAAAGGAAUCCAAGAACUUGUCAAGACCCAACAAUCAGGUGAAUGGAUAAGUGAACGUGAAAAGAGUGAUAUUCACGAUUAUUACAACCAAAGCUGUGAUAAUAGAUCUCGAACUAGUUAUAUGUAUAAUGUGUAUGGAUAUACACAAGACAAUCGAAUGGGUAAUGCAUAUACUGUAACCGAGUUGUACCUAAUUGGAACGGAUCAAAUAGAAUUGGACAAAAGAGUUGGUCAAACUGUUCAAGAGAUUAGUAUAGCAUUUAGAAACACCCCAUACCACGUUGUAUACACGUCGUAUAGUUUUCUAUUUAUUCCAAGGUAUCCAUACCGUCCUGUAGAGUUGAUAUUUGGUGCCAAAUCCAAAUAUGACAGUGUUGAAAGACUGCUACAGACUCAAAUGAAAGUAGAUAGUUGCUGCUUUGUGUAUGACGGGAGUAAUGUAUAUACUCUUGCACGUGGUAUACGGUCAUUUAUGACAGCUACCAAUAUUAUAUUAUCUGGUCGUUCUCAAAAUCAUAGAGUUGGUGUUGAACUUGAAAAUCAACGACACUAUGGUUUCGCCACUCAAUGCAUAGAUGAUACAACAUGUAGUAGUAUAGAGCGUGUAAAUUGGAAGAGUGUUCCAUUUUUCAGUGCAUAUCCUUUGGAUGCCAUCCAACCACCACCAUCACAAUACGAUGAAAACAAUAGUUUUUACAUUCGUUACUGUGCAUUUCAACAACUCGACUAUUUUUGGGCAUCAGAGGCCCAAUCAACUAAGCAUCUUCAACGUCUACUUGUCCCGUUCUAUUCUUCAUUUUUGUCAACUACGCCACACAUGGGAUUGACUGAAUUCUUUAAUCAACAUUAUUAUCGUCAACAUUUAUUGGUCAACUUGUCAACAACAAUCAACAGUCAACAACAUGAUGAUUGUAAAAGAUCAUCGCUGAUUUCAAUCAUUUCAUCAACCUAUGAAAAGAAUCAAGAAAAGACAGUACUGAUAACCAAUGCAAGUAAGAGACCUGGGUAUCAGGUAGCAUGUCAGUUACUAGACCUCGGAUUUAAAGUGAUGGUCAUGACAAGAUUCCCAUACCUCACAACCAAACAAUUCUACCAACACGACAAUUACCAACAAUGGAAAAAGGAUAAUUUACAAAUCAUAGUUUGUAAUGUAUUUGAUCCAACGAGUGUACAACAAUUUGUUGAUCAUCUACAAAUUGAAAGCAUUCAAACGAUUGAUAUUCUAAUAGAUUGUACAACCUUUGAAAGAUUAUUUAUCAAACAUAAACUACAUCGACAACAACAAUCAAUCAACUACAACUCUAUUAAUAAUGAUAAUAAUAAUCCCUAUAUUGAAUUGAUGAAACUUGAUGAAUUUUAUUUCACCGAGACAAAAGAUCAAUUAGAUAUACAUAUAUGUGUUCCCUCCUCCUCCUCCUCCUCCUCCCCUUCAUUAGAAUAUUUUCAAUAUAUUCAAACGACAACCGACUCCUCCCAACAACUAGAUGAUAUUUUCAAAGAACACUCAAACGAAAAAUAUAGUCACUUUUACAAUAAUUGGAGUAAAUCUAAAACUUACCUACUCCAACAAAAAAUGGAUCAUAGUCAUUCUAUUUCAAUCCUUUUAGAGUUGAUAAAGAAGAAUAAUAAUAAUAAUAACAAUAACAAAUCAUAUUAUAUUAAAUUUUUGUCACCAUAUACACCAUUUAUUUAUCAACCUGAGGAAUGUAAUAAUAAUCAAAUACAAACUAUCAAUAUUUCCCUUCAAAGAGAAUAUUCUCCCCAAGAUUCUCGACAAGGACAACAAACUAUAACAAAACCUGAAAUAUUCCAUGAUGACCAAGACUAUAUCAAACGACAACCAUCGACCAAACAAAAAAGUAUAACUACCGAUACCAAUUUAUUAGUCAUUGCAAUUUUAGAAAAUGAAAUUAUUAAAUAUAUAUCCAAGGAUUUAAAUGUUUAUCUUUAA